AUGAGUGGCGCGCAGUUCCCGUACUCGUCUGCCCCCUUGCGGACAGUGGAGGAGGUCCAAUUUGGUCUUCUUUCGCCCGAGGAAGUUAAAGCCAUGAGUGUCGCGAAAAUCGAGUUCCCUGAGACGAUGGACGAAACCCGACAGCGUCCCCGAGUUGGAGGUCUCAACGAUCCCCGACUAGGUACCAUCGACCGAAACUUCAAGUGUCAGACUUGUGGCGAAGGCAUGGCAGAAUGCCCCGGCCAUUUCGGCCAUAUCGAGCUCGCCAAGCCCGUGUUCCACAUUGGAUUCAUUGCCAAAAUCAAAAAAAUCUGUGAAUCCGUUUGUUUCCACUGUGGAAAGGUGCUGCUGGACGAAAACAACAAGCAGUUUGCUCAGGCGAUCCGAAUUCGAGACCCCAAGCGUCGUUUCAACGCCGUCUGGUCUCUCUGUAAGACCAAGAUGGUCUGCGAGACCGACGUGCCCACCGAGGACGACGGCAGCGGUGUUGUCAAGCACUCCCAUGGAGGCUGCGGCAACAUCCAGCCCACCGUUCGAAGGGACGGUCUCAAGCUGUGGGGCACGUGGAAACGUGGCAAGAAUGGCGACGACAUGGGUGACUCGCCCGAGAAGCGUCUGCUGACUCCUGCCGAGAUUCUUAACGUGUUCAAGCACAUUUCUUCCGAGGACUGUCAGCGGCUGGGUCUCAACGAGGACUAUGCCCGACCUGAGUGGCUCAUCAUCACCACCCUGCCUGUGCCUCCUCCUCCCGUGCGACCGUCUAUUGCCAUCAACGACACUGCCCGAGGAGAGGAUGAUCUGACAUACAAGCUGGCCGACAUUCUCAAGGCCAACGCCAACGUGCAGCGAUGCGAGCAAGAAGGAGCUCCUGCCCACGUUGUCAACGAGUUUGAGUCGCUGCUGCAGUAUCAUGUGGCUACUUACAUGGACAACGAUAUUGCUGGCCAGCCCCAGGCUCUACAAAAGUCCGGACGACCGGUCAAGUCGAUCCGAGCACGUCUUAAGGGUAAGGAGGGUCGUCUGCGAGGUAACCUGAUGGGUAAGCGAGUGGACUUCUCUGCACGAACCGUCAUUACUGGAGACCCCAAUCUGGAGCUUGACCAGGUCGGUGUGCCUCGUUCUAUUGCUCGAACGCUCACCUAUCCCGAGAUUGUGACUCCCUUCAACAUCCACAAGCUCACCGAGUAUGUGCGAAAUGGCCCCAACGAGCAUCCAGGCGCCAAGUACGUGAUUCGAGACACUGGCGAGCGAAUCGAUCUGCGAUACCACAAGCGAGCUGGCGAUAUUGCUCUGCAGUACGGCUGGAAGGUGGAGCGGCACCUGAUGGACAACGAUCCUGUGCUGUUCAACCGACAGCCCUCGCUGCAUAAAAUGUCCAUGAUGGCACAUCGAGUGCGAGUCAUGCCCUACUCCACCUUUCGACUCAACCUGUCGGUAACAUCCCCCUACAACGCUGAUUUCGAUGGUGACGAAAUGAACUUGCAUGUGCCUCAGUCCGAGGAAACUCGAGCUGAGCUGUCGCAGCUGUGCAUGGUUCCUUUGCAGAUUGUGUCUCCCCAGUCCAACAAGCCCGUCAUGGGUAUUGUGCAGGAUACCCUUUGUGGUGUUCGAAAGAUGACGAUCCGAGACUCGUUCAUUGACUACGACAUGGUGAUGAAUAUUCUGUUCUGGAUCCCCAACUGGGACGGCGUGGUGCCCACACCCGCUAUUCUUAAGCCCAAGCCACUGUGGACCGGUAAGCAGAUGGUGUCCAUGUGCAUCCCCAAGGGCAUCCAUCUGCAGCGGUUUGACGACCAGAACCCCAUCACAUGCCCCAAGGAUAACGGUAUGUACAUUAUCGACGGCCAGAUCAUGUGGGGUGUGGUUGACAAGAAGACCAUUGGUGCUACUGGUGGUGGUCUUGUGCAUACCAUUAUGCGAGAAAAGGGCUCUGCCGUGUGUUGCAACUUCUUUGGAACGAUCCAGAAGGUGGUAAACUUCUGGCUGCUGCACUACGGUUUCUCCAUUGGUAUUGGUGAUACCAUUGCUGAUUCAGCAACCAUGCGAGAUGUCACAGAGACCAUUGAGGAGGCCAAGAAGAAGGUCAAGGAGAUCAUUCUCGAGGCACACGCCAACACUCUCACCGCCGAGGCCGGUAUGACCAUGCGAGAAUCGUUCGAACACAAUGUGUCGCGAGUUCUUAACCAGGCUCGAGAUACUGCAGGUCGAUCGGCCGAAAUGUCGCUCAAGGACCUCAACAACGUCAAGCAGAUGGUGGUGGCUGGAUCCAAGGGAUCGUUCAUUAACAUUUCGCAAAUGUCGGCGUGUGUCGGUCAGCAGAUGGUAGAGGGUAAGCGAGUUCCUUUUGGAUUCGCCGACCGAACACUCCCCCAUUUCUGCAAGGAUGAUUACUCGCCCGAGUCCAAGGGAUUUAUUGAAAACUCGUAUCUGCGAGGUCUGACUCCUCAGGAAUUCUUUUUCCACGCCAUGGCCGGUCGAGAGGGUCUGAUUGAUACGGCCGUCAAGACUGCCGAGACUGGAUACAUUCAGCGACGUCUGGUCAAGGCCCUGGAGGACGUUAUGGUGCAGUAUGACGGUACUGUUCGAAACUCGCUUGGUGACGUUAUUCAGUUUGUCUAUGGAGAGGACGGAUUGGAUGGAGCUCAGGUGGAGAAACAGACCGUGGACACCAUUCCAGGUUCUGACGAGUCGUUUGAGCGACGGUACAAGAUUGAUCUCAUGAACCCCAAGACCAAACCUCUCAACAUUGAGUCUGGAAACGAUAUUGUGGGUGACGUUGAGGUUCAGCGUGUGCUCGACGAGGAGUACAACCAGCUGCUCACCGACCGACGUCUUCUGCGAGAGGAGGUUUUCACCAAUGGUGACCACAACUGGCCUCUGCCCGUGAACAUUCGUCGAGUGGUGCAAAACUCGCAGCGAAUUUUCAACGUGGACAAAUCCAAGGUCAGUGACUUGACCAUCCCCGAGAUUGUCGAGGGUGUGCAGUCGCUGUGCAAGCGUCUCACUAUUGUUCGAGGUGACUCCUCGCUCGCCAAGGAGGCCCAGGAGAACGCCACCAUGCUGUUCCAAUGUCUGGUGCGAUCUCGGUUCCCUACCAAGCGUGUCAUUGAGGAGUACCGACUCAACCGAGCUGCUUUUGAGUGGGUCAUGGGUGAGAUUGAGACUCAGUUUGCCAAGUCUGUGGUCCAUCCUGGAGAAAUGGUUGGUGUUAUUGCUGCCCAGUCCAUUGGAGAGCCCGCUACUCAGAUGACACUGAACACCUUCCAUUACGCUGGUGUGUCGUCCAAGAACGUGACGCUCGGUGUGCCCCGUCUCAAGGAGAUUCUCAACGUGGCCAAGAACAUCAAGACGCCUGCGUUGACCGUCUACCUGGAGCCUUCUGUUGCUGCGGAUAUUGAAAAAGCCAAGGUGGUGCAGUCAGCCAUUGAGCACACAUCGCUCAAGAACGUCACUGCCGCAACCGAGAUCUACUACGAUCCCGAUCCGCGAACCACAGUAAUUGAGGAGGAUAUCGAUACCGUCGACGCCUACUUCUCGAUUCCCGAUGAGACCGUCGAGGCUACACUGGACAACCAGUCGCCCUGGCUGCUGCGUCUGGAGUUGGACCGAGCUAAGAUGCUUGAUAAGCAAUUGACCAUGUCUCAGGUUGCUCAGAAGAUCUCCUCUUCCUAUGGAGAAGAUUUGUUUGUCAUGUGGUCUGAAGAUAACGCUGACAAGCUGAUUAUCCGAUGUCGAGUUGUUCGAGACCCCAAGACUCUUGAGGAGGAUGUGGACGCCGAGGAGGACCAGAUGCUCAAACGAAUUGAGGGUCACAUGCUCGACUCCAUUUCUCUUAGAGGUAUUGAGGGUAUUGACCGAGUUUUCAUGAUGGAGCACAAGAUGUCUGUUCCUGAUGAGGUCACUGGCGACUACAAAACCAAGAUGGAGUGGGUGCUUGAAACCGAUGGUAUCAACCUGGCUGAGGUCAUGGCCGUUGACGGAGUCGACCCCUACAGAACCUACUCCAACUCCUUUGUCGAGGUUCUUUCUGUGCUUGGUAUUGAGGCCACCCGCUCUGCUCUCUACCGAGAGAUUCUCAACGUUAUUGCCUUUGAUGGUUCAUAUGUCAACUACCGACACAUGGCUCUGCUGGUCGACGUCAUGACUUCUCGAGGUUACCUUAUGGCCAUCACUCGACACGGUAUCAACCGAGCCGAUACUGGAGCGCUUAUGCGAUGUUCCUUCGAGGAGACCGUCGAGAUUCUGCUUGAGGCUGCUGCUGUCGCUGAACUGGAUGACUGCCGAGGUGUCUCUGAGAACAUCAUGCUGGGCCAACUGGCUCCCCUUGGAACUGGUAACUUUGGCGUCAUGCUCGACGAGGACCAGCUGUCUACUCUGCCAGCAGACUACUCCAAGACUGCCGGCAUCGCUGCCGGCCAUGGCGAGAUGGGCUCUGCCGACGGAGCUGCUACUCCUUACGACUCGUCUUCUCCUGCAUACGACGCUCUUCAGGCUCGAGGCGGCGGCGACGUCAUCUUCUCACCCAUCGGUACCUCUGGAGCACCCGAAAUGUCCGGAGGCUUCUCCGAGUACGGUGGAUUUGGCCAUGGAGGCGAUGGCAGCGGAAGUGCAUACACCCCCACUUCUCCGUUCUCGUCGUUUGGAGCUGCUUCGCCUGGAUUUGCUGCCACCAGCCCUAGCUACAGCCCCUCGUCGCCUGGUAUGGGUCUUGGAGCGGCCUCUCCGUCGUUCUCUCCGUCGUCUCCUGCGUUUGCCGCGACCUCCCCGAGUUACUCUCCCUCGUCGCCGUCGUACUCUCCUACGUCGCCUUCGUACUCUCCCACGAGCCCUUCUUACAGCCCCACGAGCCCUUCGUACAGCCCCACGAGCCCUUCGUACAGCCCUACGUCGCCGUCGUACAGCCCCACGUCGCCUUCGUACUCGCCUACGUCUCCCUCGUACUCGCCUACGUCUCCCUCGUACUCACCCACCUCCCCCAGCUACAGCCCCACGUCGUACUCGCCUACUUCGCCAAGCUACAGCCCCACCUCGCCCUCGUACAGCCCCACUUCGCCGUCCUACUCGCCGACGUCGCCCUCGUACAGCCCCUCGUCUCCCAAGUUCAAUGCCGGCGCCUCGACUUCGUACAGCCCUACUAGUCCUAGUUACUCUCCCACUAGCCCUAGCUACUCGCCUACCAGUCCUAGCUACUCUCCUACCAGUCCUAGCUACUCUCCUGGCUCUGGUGACAGCAAGGAUAAGGAGAAGAAGUGA